GUCUGGAAACUAUAUGUGAAAAUAAGAAACCUCAGGUCUUCACUCUGUGACAAAGGUUCACGGUGCUUACCUUUACGUUUUGUCUCGCAGUCACCUUUUUUUGGAAAAAGUCGCUGAGAGCAUUUGCCGGGAAUCGCCCUUCUUUCCGAAUUGUCCUCCUAAAAUUACUACGGAUCUCUACCAAAAUCAGACAUGGGAAAAGUAAAAGGCGGAAUGAAAUGUGUGAAAUACCUUCUGUUUUUCUUCAAUUUCAUGUUUUGGCUGGUGGGCUCACUGGUGCUGGCUAUUGGAUUGUGGCUCCGGUUUGACCCGGUCACGACGGCAAUCUUCCAGACGGACAACUCACCUCAGACCUACUUCUUAGGAGUCUACAUCCUGGUGGGAGCUGGAGGGCUGAUGAUGCUUGUGGGGUUCUUUGGCUGCUGCGGUGCUGUUCGAGAAUCACAAUGCUUGCUGGGAUCGUUCUUUGCCUGCCUGCUUGUCAUAUUUGCAGCUGAGAUUGCAGCAAGUGUGUUUGGAUUCCUGAACAAAGACAAGAUUAUUGACGAGAUUCAAAAGUCCUAUGAUGAAGCUUAUGAAGCAUAUCAGAAAAAUGAGAAUCAAAAUGAAACUCUGAUCAUCUAUCAGACAUCUCUCAGUUGCUGUGGGAAACCAGACGUAAAGAAUGAUGAAAAAUUUCAGAAAACAUGUCCUGAAAACACAUCUACAGUGAUAAGGACUGACUGGAGUUUAGAAUCUCUGAUCAGAGGGAUCAAGGAUGUGGGGCUGGGAAGAGGCCUGCACUUGAAUAAAGGGCCUGCAUUUGAGGCCAGCAAUGUUGCUCUUUUUAGCACAAGUCAGCUUGGCUUUUCAAUUAUUUUUCAGGAGAAGACCUGUGACGAAGCUAUCAAGAAUUAUUUCAAGGACCAGUUUUACAUCAUCGGCUACGUGGGAAUUGGAAUUGCAGGAGUGAUGAUCAUCGGGAUGAUCUUCAGUAUGGUCCUGUGUUGUGCGAUUCGAAAUUCUCGAGACGUCAUAUAGUUCCCCCUCCAAACUUCUUUCCAAGAUCCCCAAUCCAUAAACUCCUUAAAUCACAAUGACAACCACCCGCCUCCUUCCUUUCUUCUGCUAUUGCCUGCACCGGAUCUUGCAAACCUCUGAAACUUGUUGCCUUCACAAACACUUCCUACUGCCAAUGCAGGCAAAAGCCUGCUGACCAGAGUGUCCAACACAUGCGUGCAGAAGACUGCUCAACCUGAAAAGACCCCCGCCGGAAAGGGAGUGUAUAGAUAUGUCUCUCAUAUCGGCUGUAAAUGUUUAGGGUGAAGGCGAAGAGAAGGGCUAAACAAGAAUCAGUUCAGCUGUCAUUCAGUAGAGACCACCCUAGAGUGGGACAAGACCUCCGUUUAGAGUUCAGCUGCUUUAAUAGUACAAGCAGAAUGAUUAAGAACCCCGCGACUUUUUAUUAGUAGUUUAAUUCACUUAUAAUAUGAUAAAACAAGAGUGAAAUCUGAAGCAUCAUUCAACUAAAUUUGCCAGGUUUACUUUGCCAUCUUUCCUUUACUCUUCUCUUUCAUUUCAUUUAAGUGAGUUUGUGCAGGAAUAAGCAAUUAGUGCAUUUAUUGUAUGAUGAAAAGUAUGAUGAAGGCAACAUUGACUUGUCUUGACACCCAUCUGAAAAGCCUUCACUCUGAAAUCCUGCGUAUGUAAAGCUAAAGAAGGCUCAGGCUGGAGAUCUUUGUGGUUUGACUCACCUGCUUAGUGAUGUCCAUGUGUAGUGUGCUUUCUGUGCGUUGGGGAACGGGAAUGGUGUGGUGGUCUGUGCUUUACAUUCCUAUACAAGUAUAAACAUACAUACACCGCAUACUAUAUAUUUAUAUAUAUUGUGACAGAUAGGGGGUGCUAUCGCUCCCUUGAACCCUCAGACCAUACGCCAGACACCAGAUAAAAGUCCAAUUCUUGACUUUAUCAUAAUAAUAAUGUGCACCAAGCACACUCCACAAUACUCAUAAAUGAACAAUACACAAUAAAUCAAUAAUCAAUCCUCCACUCCCAGACGCAUUGCCACCCUUCCUCCCAACUCAGCUCACUGCUGGGAUUUCCCACAAUCCUUUUAAAGUGCUUGACCCAGAAGUGUUUCUGAUCCCUCAGUCCAUGUGAUUCUUAACACUUCUGGGUCAGGUGAAAAACACCUUUUCUUCAUCCCGGAAGUACGUCAUUUCUUCUGUCCCUGUGACUAGGACGUACUUCCGGGUUAUAGUGCAACUAAAAAUCCCUAUGCCUCCCUGCAGCAUCCUCUGGCGGCCCCCACGGUAUCCAGCAGGGUUGUGAAGGAAAACUCCCAGGUCCAUGAUGCCCUGCUGGAAUUCGGGGCACCUCCAUGUUGCUGGGAGGACUCCAUCUGGUGGCGUGGGGGUAUUGGCUGGGAUGAACAAUAUAUAAAUGUACUGUAUAUAUAUGUGUAUACAUACACACAGACAUUAAUAUUAAAGUAUAUAUGUAUGUGUGUGUGUAUGUAUGUAUAUAUAUAUAUAUAUAUAUAUAUAUAUAUAUAUAUAUAUAUAUAUAUAUAUAUAUAUAUAAUGUGUGUGUGUGUAUACAUAUAAUAUAUGUGUGUGUGUGUAUAUAUAUAUAUAUAUAUAUAUGUAUACACACAUUCACACACACCUAUAUAUACAUAUAAGGGAAGUUCCGAAAUUCCAUUUAUUUCAACAGAAAUAAAAGAAACAACCCCAAUAUUUUAUAAUAAUAAUAUAUAUUAUAUAUAUAUAAAUACACACACACAUAUAUAUACAUUGUAAGAAGAAACACCAUAAGACAUUGUGAAGGUUUGGGACAGCCACCCGUAUAAUUUUUCCCGGCUGCAAAACUCUUACAAAAUCAUAGACAUGUUGACACAAUUGAGUCCAAAACAGAACUGAUUCAUUAUACACAAGAUGGCAGCUUUAAAGGCCAGUAGAGGAAGUGAUGUCAUCAGGACUGGAACCAGAAGUGAUGUCAUUGGCUGCCCCAGAGCCAGGUGGGAUUUCCCUCGAAUGGUCUGCAAAAGAUUGAGAGGGAGAAUUCGUGCACUUCGCCACCCCCUGGUCCAGCGUGGAAUUACAUGUACUCAAGCCCUUUAGUUGUCUCCUAAACACACGUGUGACAACAUAUAUAUGUAUAAGAAACAUUUUCUCAGCCACAUACUAUACAAUAAAUAUACACGUACACCUAAGAAUGCAUUUAUACAUGUACACAUACCUACAUACUGUAUAUACUGUGUGAAUGUACCUUGUAUUUCUAUAAUACUACUAUAUGGAGUCACGUGUACACACACUAUAUAAUCUGUUCCAGUUUACGAAAAUAAUCUAUAAGCAUACAUAGACAAGUAUUGUUACACAUGCAAACACAUUGUGCACUGGUUAUCAACACUCCAUUUUGUUUGGUUUUCAAGGAGAAUAACAAUUACAUAAUUGCGCUGUUAUGUGCAGAAGAGUGAUGAAGGCUUUGGACUUCAAACCCUGAGGCCGUGGGUUCAAAUCCUGCUCCUGAGUAGGCCACUUCACCUGUCUGUGCUUCAAUUGGGAACACAGAAGCAGUACAACCUCAGAUUUUGUAAGUCGCCUUGGAUAAAGUAUAUAAGUUUAUUAUAGUAUCAGAUGUGAAGUAUAUUUUGUGGAAAGUCCCAGAUUUUUGACAGAGUGGACACUGUUCACACCCAUGCUGUAUAAGAGAAUUGUAGACGUCUGCCAAGAUGUCGGCUACACUUGUUGCAUGCAUCUCUUCAGUUGUUUGCCUUAACUCACUUAGCAUUGUAGCUUUUAAUAUUAUACAUUAUAGUUUUUGAGAUGCUGUAUGUGUGUUUGAAUAAUAACCUGAGUAAUAUAUAAAACUAUAUAUAUAUAUAUAUAUAUAUAUAUAUAUAUAUAACACACUCAGUAUAUAGAGUAUAUAUAUAUUACCAGCAAUGUGUUAAAAGCAGGUAUUGUAUAGAAUGCCUAGGAAAUCUUAUCUAGGUAUUAUUUCACACAUUGCUGGUAACGUAUAUACAGUGCAUACUGAGGAUAUUAUGUACAUGUGUGGAUAAAGGCAGCUUUUUCCUAUCCUGACUCCAGACUAUACUGUAACAUAAGUCCACCUCUCGGGAGUGUUCGUGUUCCAUAUUCUUGUGCCUUUUUCUUCUAAUAAUUCUACAUUCUACAGCCGUGGGGUCUUUUUUUCGCUUGGUUGAGUAGACACCAAGCCAGAUGUGCAAAAGUAAAAAGCCAACCCUAGAACGUGAACUAGAGCUGACACAUUUUUCCUCUCCUGAUCUUACUAAAUCUUUAAAGGGGUCGGUCGCAAGUGUUUAUGAGGGGCGGCCGGAGGUCCCGAGGCCGCUUUACGAGUCUGUAGAGGUAAUCUUGUGGACACUCGAAAGGAAUGCUUGGCGAUGAGGGAGGCCAUCAGAAGUUUGUAACAUAACGAGUCUUUCUGUUCUACGACAUUGGUAGAAGCCUCAGUAAUACUUUUAUAUUGUCAAUUCAGAAUCUUUUAUCUGUAAUUAUUUUUUUAUAACUUAACCUGCAAUACUCUAAUUUAAAAAUGUGUUUGGUCCACUUUAAAAUGAAGCCAUGCUGUGGGCAUUUCUGUGAAGUUACUUUGUAAUGUGAUGUGAUGAUAAAGGCGAGAAUGCACGGUA